CGUGUAGGUUAGAGCAGCAGCAGCAUCCUCCAUGGCUAAAGCCCCAGCUCUGAUCAGCAGCUAGGCCUGGCUAUAGGACCCGUACCCCUCCUCUCUCUCUCUCUCUCUCUCUCUCUCUCCUCUCUCUCUCUCUCUCUCUCCUCUGUCUGUCUACCUCUCUCCACAUCGCUCCCUCCUGGGCUAGUUGACAGGCGACGUCUGGCUGGGGAGGGGGGGAGACGAAGGCUCACCGUUAGCCAGGGCGUUAGCCGGCCGUCCAUUCUACUGUAUCUCUCUGGUAAUCGGGGGCUUCUUCUCCAUCUCUCCCUCUCUCUCUCCCCUGCCUGCCCCCCCUCCUACACCUACUGCAACUCUCAUUUCCAGGCUCAUUGGAGAUAGAGGAAUGCAAAUCUGCAACCAUGAUGGAAGGAUUGAAAAAACGUACCAGGAAGGCCUUCGGGAUACGGAAGAAAGAGAAGGACAAUGACUCCACGGGGUCCCCAGACAGAGAAGGGGGUUCUCAGAAGAAAGCCAACGGGUCAGAGAACGGCUAUCUCGGAGACAUCGACUGGGACCGAUAUAACUCUCCGGAGGUGGACGAUGAAGGCUACAGCUUGCGACCGGAGGAGGAGUCAGAAGAGGGAAUCGCACCGACCGUUAAGAAGCCCCACUUCUUCUCCUCCGACGAGUCGGAAGGAGAGGAGGACCACAGGAAAAAAUUCAAAAUCAAGAUCAAGCCGCUGCGGGCCGUGCAAGUCACCACGGUGCCCUCGGUGGACGAGCUCAAAGCCUCCAUAGGAAACAUAGCUCUGUCCCCGUCUCCUCUGAGACGUAGCCCGGGCUUGAAAAGAAACCCGUCCAGCGAGGAGAUUGCCAGGCCCAGACGUGUGGUCCCCACUCUUCCCACUGUGGCCCCAACACCAGCUCCAGCACCACAACCCCCCAGCCGUCAACAAACACCAGUCUCUGAAGACACCACAGACUUAUUCGGGCCUCCUUUGGAUACGACCUUCGGAGAACAGAAAACUGAAGUGGCACUGUUUGAGUCCGAUGCGUGGGGUGCCCCCCUGUCAGAGCCAGAAUCCCCUUUGACAAGGUCCUUCCCAACAGGAACACCUCCUCCACUUCCACCCAAGAAUGUCCCAACCUCUCCUGUGACGACUGACCCUCCCUCUGCAGAGGACGCUGAAGCCUCGACAGAAGCAGGCGACAAGAAGCCCUUGACAGCGGACUUGGACAACCUUUUUGGACCCGAGCAGGCGGCCCCUGCUGGCGAGGAUUCAGGUGACACGUGGGUCUGCUUCAGUGAAGAAUCUUCGAAACAGACGCCUCAACCAAAGGACCCUACCCCUCCGCUCCGUUCCUCCCCGCCUCCUCCAGAGGAACCAGCACCCCCGUUACCAGCCUCCCCGCCUGCACCUGAGUCUCCUGCCCCUCCUUUACCUGCAUCACCAGCUCCUCCAGACGACCCUGCACCGCCUCUCCCGACCUCGCCUCCUCCGAAACUUGACCCUGUCCCCCCUCUACCGACUGCCCCGUCUCCCUCAGAGGAACCCGCUGCACCUCCUGUCCCUUCGGGUCCUUCCACGCCCGAAGACCGAAAUCCUCUAGCAACAGCCACCUCGCCCCCCCACACACCACCAAAGGAGCUCGCUUCCCCACCUGCUUCGUCUCCCCCUCCUCUCACCUCACCUCCGAGUGUCCCCCCGGCGGCACCGGCUUCUGCUGCUAAAGCAAGCACCCCCCCAGCAGGGACUCCCCCUUCUGAGGAACCUGUGAUGAGCUCUGUCCUCCCACCCCUUGCCCUGGCUCACACAGAGCCGCCCAGGAACACAGUCACCACCCCACCCAAAGAAGACGCCGGUGAAACUGUCAGCUCGCCCAAAGAUGCUAUCAAGGGGAGCCGGACCACACCUCCCCCCCCUCCUCCGCCCACGUACAGGGCAGUUGUGUCGUCGCCCGGUCCCACAUCUGGAGCUGGUGGCACGAAUAGCGGUUCCUCCUCUCCAGUGCGACCUGCGACUCCUUCGGCAGUCGACCCCACCCCACCGCCACCUCCACCUCGCCCCCCCUCGAGGCCCAAACUUCCUCCUGGGAAACCCACUGUAGGAGAUAAUCGUCCGUUCAGCCCGCCGGUCCACUCGGCCAGCCCGCCUCCCAUCGCCCCGUUGGCGCGGGCUGAGAGCAGCUCCUCCAUCUCCUCCACCAACUCGCUGAGCGCCGCCACCACCCCCACCGUGGGCAAAGAGCUGUCCGUGUCUGUGACAGAGAAUGACCAGCCAUCCCUUGUAUGGUUUGACAGAGGGAAGUUUUAUUUAACCUUUGAAGGCUGCUCCAGAGGGCCCAGUCCUCUCACCAUGGGGGCUCAGGACACUCUUCCCGUGGCCGCUGCGUUCACUGAGACGGUCAAUGCCUUCUUUAAAGGAGCCGACCCCAGCAAGUGUGUCGUGAAGAUCAUAGGUGAGAUGGUUUUGUCGUUUCCGGCGGGAAUUACGCGGCACUUUGCCAAUAACCCGUCCCCCGCCGUGCUAACCUUCAGCAUAACCAACUACAGCCGACUGGAGCAUGUGCUGCCUAACCCCCAGCUCCUCUGCUGUGACACCACCACUAAAGCCAAGGCCGAUGCCAAGGACUUCUGGGUGAACAUGCCAAACCUGAUAUCCCACUUAAAGAAGGUGUCGGAGCAGAAGCCACAGGCGACAUACUACAACGUCGACAUGCUCAAGUACCAGGUGUCUUCGCAGGGCCACCAGUCCACUCCUCUGAACCUGGCGGUGAGCUGGCGCUGUGAGCCCACCAGCACUGACCUGAGAAUAGACUACAAGUACAACGGCGAGGCCAUGACGACGCCGAUGGCGCUCAACAACGUCCAGUUCCUCGUCCCGGUCGACGGGGGGGUUUCCAAACUGCAGGCUGUCUUACCUCCUGCUGCAUGGAACGCAGAGCAGCAAAGAAUCCACUGGAAGAUUCCCGACAUCUCACAGAAAUCUGACAACGGAGGUGUGGGGUCGCUGUUGGCGCGCUUCCAGCUAACGGAGGGUCCCAGUAAACCGGCUCCACUGGCGGUGCAGUUCACCAGUGAGGGCAGCACGCUGUCGGGCUGUGACAUUGAACUGGCUGGGCCCGGCUACCGCUUCUCUCUCGUCAAGAAGAGGUUUGCCGCAGGAAAAUACCUGGCCGACAACUAACCUAUGCUACUGAGAACAACACUGUUGAACUUAAGGACGGCAGUGGACUGAGGACGACACAGAGGACAGACCGACACCAGGCAGACUCUCCACGGACCUUUUCUGAACCCACGCGACAGAUCUGCAGAUCCUACCCAGCAGUAUUGUAUAACUCGCAUAUAACAUUGUGGAAACUGUUUUAGGUCACGUAAUUAUUGUAUUUGUACCCAUUCAACAUCUGUAUUGCUGCAGUUCGACACCUGGGUUCUCCCGCUCCUCUGAAGUCUGUCCCCUUGUCUCCAUCCUCCUCCUCCGGUCAAUGUUUGGUGGUGUUUUUAAAAGUUUCACUGCAGCUGCCUGACCCGACCUGAGUUUCGCUCAAACCGCACCUCUGGGUGACGUUUGCUGUCCCCAGUCCUGAACAUUCAUGCAGUGAAAGCUAUGCUUGAGUGAAGUCUUUGUAGUCAGACACACACACACACACACACACACACACACACACACACCUCCAGCUCUGGCACAUCCAAAGUCAGACCCAGUUGAGCUGAAGCAGGGCCUAUAGGACAAUACUUAGUAAGUCAUACGCCUUCAUUAGCUCAUAAGAAAAUCACAGCUCUCUGAGUAAUCCUUGUGUUGGGUCCGGGCGUGAAGCCAGAGGCGGCUGUCCCCAUUGUCGCACGCAGACGGCAGCCAUUUGUGUGGCUCUUGCCUGCAAAUUAAAAUGCAUUUACCGAUGCAGCUCGACACACGUUGUCGCAGAGAGGACGACGUGUGUGUGUGUGCGUGCGAUCGGAUGAAACGCAACAUUGACUUACUACAAACCGAUUUUCAUGCAUCGCCUACUGGUACUACAGGGUCACAUGUCUAUGGAUCACUUCCUUUUUUCAAUAUAAUUGCACUGAUCAGUCGAACUGGUAUUUUACUUUUCUGCAACAGACACACACACACACACACAGACACACACACACAGAGGUUUUAGCAAGUUAGGCAGCUGCAAUGAUGAAUCAAUGUACUCGUUGCUGAAUAAGAAAAAACUGUUUUCUUUUUUCCCGUCAGAACAAAAGAAAUGUAUAAAGUGUCAUUUUAAACCAAUAAUAUAUAUAUAUAUCUUAAAGGGCGUUUGGUGUUUUCCUCGUAUUGUCAGGUAGCCUUUCUGUUGUUCCCAGGACGGCAGUGUUAGACUCCAGAGUACACGACAGCAUUCUAUUUUUAUUUAUUGAUGACGGCGACUCGUUGUAUAAAAACAUGUGAUUCUGUAUAUGAAUAGAAUUUGAAUGGUACCACACAACUCAGAACCCUUAAAGGUAUAAAUAUUUGAACUCUCUUUUCUUUUCUUUUGUUAUCUGUGUAGUUGGGUAACCCGUGUACAGUAUAAGGUAUAAUUUUGGGAAUUUAUUUCAGAUAUAAUUUUUUAACUCACGUGCAAGAGAAGAUUCGAGCUAUAUAUGGGUGUGGGGGUAAUUUAAAAAGAAAACAAAAAAUAAAUAUCUUCCUGGAUGCUGUGUUAUGCUUUGUGAAAGCAGUGUUAAUGUAGAGUUAGCUGGACCAUGGGCGAGUUCCACACUGUAAAGAACCAGUUUAGCAUUUUGGGAAAUAUUCAGUUUUCAUGUGGUUUCUGAGCGUUUAACGAGAAGAUUAAAACCUUUCUUAUGUCUUUACGUCAAACAGGAAGCUGAAGAUAGGACAUGUUGAGCUGAGAUUAUCAUAAAAACAGGAAAUUAGAGAAAUCUGAGGUGACUGAUAAGUUUUCUUUUUCUGGCCGAUUUAGCCUCAAUUUCCGGGCGUUUUCCAUCUGCACCAGUAGAUUUUGAUCCAUGAUAACUUGAUGUAUAAUGUUCACUUUAGCUUCUUAUGUGAGAUCGAUGCCCUUUUUCACAUCUGAUUCUCAACAGUAAAGCCAACAAACAUGUUUCCCACAGUUCUGAAUUGUUCCCGUAAAAAUAACAACGAGACAAUAAAUGCUCUAAGUUCGCCUCGAACAACAGAGACCAAGUUUGGUGAACCUUGGUGACGGGAUGUUUUUUGCUUUAAAUGGGACCAGUUUCCCUUUUUUCCCUUUUAAAUCAAAACCUCAUAGUGAUAAAAAAACUCGGAUUAGAAUCGACCGCGUGUCGUCAGUUAAGCUUCUCUCCUGUUUCCCGUUCACCUCAGUGGCUCCUGAACUUAUUCUAUCACAAGCAGAUCCCCAGUCAUCCCAGCAGCGCUCAAACCCAUGGCUUUAUUUUGCAUAAUUGUAAUGGUCUCUGUGAGAUGACAUGAGCUGAAUGAGGUUGUGGAGUGGAGUCGACCAAAAUGCUUUUUUUUGUUUGUUUUUUCUUUUUGUAUUUUAUGUCAGUCGCUCCUCUGUACAGGACGAUAAUGAGCUGGAUAUUUUUAAAACGGAUAAAAUAAUGAAAAAAUAUUAUAUUGUUUAAUGUGAUUAAAAACACUGUGCUGAUGAUGUUGAACUUUCUGAAUGCUCUGACACUCAACGUGAAGAACAAAAAAGUGUGUGUGAAGUGUAGCUGAACCUCUCUGUACUACAUGUCGCUUUUUCGCUAAAUGCAACCAAUCACAGUCCUCUCCGGGGCGUCGCUGCAGCGUAGUCCCACGCUCCCUGGAUCGGAGGUCGUUUUUAAACCUGUGGUCCUUUUACCAACAAUAAAAAUCUGAUCUGGGCCCUGCCAUUAAAAUGGAAAUCUCUUUUUUGUUUGCGGACCCAGAGCGAGGAACAGUUUUUAAACAGAGAGACGAUGCUGAUUGGUGCCAUUUAGCUCCUGGUAAGUCUUUGGUCUGGUCACACUUCAUUUCAGGCUUGUCCGUCGUGGAGGAAUCCCCGUGCCUGAAAGAAAGUCCUGACCUUCUGGGUGAAUCUCAAAACAGUGCAACAGUCACUACAGCAUUAUCUACACAGGCUCUCCGUACACAUUACCCAUCAUGCAUCUGUUUAAAUUAGCACUACAGCUUACAGGUCUUUCACUUUGAAAGGCAGAACAGAACUCUCUCAGUCUGCUGGCGGUUAGUCUUUGUGUCUUCUAACAAAACAGGAUCAAAACUUCUUUUCUCCCCAGAUCUUCAUCUCCGUGGUGACUUUGUCCUGCAGUAAUUCAUUAUUGCAUGCAGAGCAUGCCGUAAAAUGUGGGGCAUCUAUGAUGAUAGGUAGUACUGAAAUGACGUGUUGUGCUGAGUGUCAGUUACCUGUGUUAGUGUUGAGAUGAGAGCAGGGAGUGUGUCUGUGUGCUAUACGCCAGAAUGCUUUUUGGUUCUGUACCGUUAACCUCAAACACGUGUGCAAGCUGUUUGUACAGUACAUAACAACGCUAAGAUCAACUGAGAAACUUAGUUUGCUUCUUUCCAAAACCAAUAAAAGUUAUAAAUGGA